CCCCAAUUCAAGACUCAUUUUGUUCCAUUGACGGCGUUGACACAUAAUUUCACCUAAACCCCUAGAUAACCAUUCUAAUCAAAUUUAAGAUGUUUUUGCAGACGAAGGCAUUCAUAACAUGUAAACUGAUUCAUAGUAAUUCAUACAUCAAUGAGAAUCAGACCACCCCUGCUGAAAUGGCUGGUCAUGACCUUUAUAGCACAAUUUCUCCCCUUCGUGUCUCCAUCUGACUUUAACGUCACGACGACACCAUCACUUUCGUCGGAUGUAUCCCCAGCUAACAACAGCAGCAACUACUCCAUUAUUCCUGAAGCGAACUCGACCUACAUUAAUGGAACACACUACAACGCCACAACUAACUUGAUAACAAAUCUCACUCGUGGCGAUAAUGAAACGGACAUUGAAGAUGAAAUUCCAAGGAAAAUGACUGAAGGAGGAUUGAUCAAGACUGUUUUUGACUAUGUUUUCACCGUUCUUACCGACCACGCACAUGACGCCAAGUUUAUUCGUGAGCUGCAAGAAAAUGGAACGAAUAUAGAAGACUACUUUCAAAAGGGUGAAAUUGGAGAGUUGGAGGACACGACAACGUCUCGUGAAGGUGGAGAAGGUCGAAGGACGCAGCGUGUCAUUACGGAAUACGAGCGACGUUACAACGACCGAUAUGGCUUCCAAAUGGGUGCACCUUCUUCGUACGGUUCUUAUGGUCGUGGCGACGAGUAUGGGAGAUACGGGAGUGGAUUUGGAAGAUAUGGUGGUUUCGACUCAUCUUCAUCAGAAUCGUUUGAAAAUUUUGGGAUCGGAUUCAAGGGUCCAAAACGAAAGAAGUGGGGAAAAAAGAACAAAGGCUUUGGAGGAUUUGGGAUGAAACGACCCAGUUAUAAAACCGCAAUAAUGAUGGCAGCUCUUCCGGUCGUAGCGAGUAAAUUAUCUAAGGAUAAGGGAUAUGGAAAUAAGUAUGGAAACGGAGGAAUGUUUGGGGGUGGAGGAUCCGCUUUUGGGCAAAACUUUGGUGGAGGUAAUAACUAUCAGACCUUCGGCCAGCAUCCGAACUAUGGACAAACGAAUUACGGGGGACAAACAAACCAAGGUAGAAAUUACGGACCUGGUUUUGGUCAAACACAAUACGGUCAGCCUGGAUUUGGUCAGUCGCAUUUUGGAAGCCAAGGGGGAAAUCAUUAUGGAACAAAUGUACCAAGUUAUGGUCAGCCGACGUUUGGGCAACAGCCCGGCUUCAGUCAGCCAACGCUUGGACAACAACCCGGCUUCGGUCAGCCAACGUUUGGGCAACAACCCGGCUUCGGCCAGCAGCAAAGUAGUCAAAAUGCGGGAUGGAUCAGUCCUCCCACCUCCAGUUCAAAUUUAAAUACUAAUAGUGAUGUCAAACCCCCUCCUGCUGGAUUUAUCAACCCAUCUAAUACUGCAAAACCCCCUUCUGCUGGAUUUAUCACCCCACCGAACACAGCAAAACCCCCUUCUGCUGGAUUUAUCACCCCACCGAACACAGCAAAACCCCCUUCUGCUGGAUUUAUCACCCCAUCGAAUACAGCUAAACCCCCUUCUGCUGGAUGGCUUCCUCCGUCAAACAAUGGUGGAACAACUGCCUGGUCAGGGAGUCAACCUAAUGCUAACUAUGGAGGGGGAAAUAUAGCAUCCGGGGGAUCAGUAUACCAGUCAAGCUACGGUACUCCAACCACAGCAAAACCAAGUAGUGGCUGGGGAAGUAAAGGAAUUGUAAGCAAUGUGACUCCCACAACUUCUUCAAACAAUAAAAUAGGAAGUACUUCUUCUCGAUCAGGUUGGGGCUCCGGUGGAAUCAGUGGUUCAUCUGCUUCUGCAACGACGAAAAAGCCUUCGGGGUGGAGCAUAACUUCCAAGCCUUUAUCUCCCUCAUCAUCAAGCAAAGGAUCCUCAACUUGGUUUGGUAGCUCGUGUUCGUCAUCUGCACAAAAUAAAGGCCAAACCGGAAGUACAGGUUGGGGGGCGACAUCGAAGCCUUCCUCGUCGUCUUCGUCAGGAUCAAGUUGGUCGAGUGGUUCGUCGAGUAAAUCAUCAUCAUCUACUGCAUCAAAACCUUCGUCAUCAUCAAGUUCAUCUUCUGGCUGGGGGAGUAAAUCCUCGUCGUCGUCAGCUUCGCGUCCAAGCAGCAGCAGUAGCUCCAGCUCCAAAAGUAGUAGUUCCUCGUCUCGUUCCAAGGGCUGAUAAUCUGCAAAUAUUUAAUAUAAAUGCUUAUAAACUAUGUUGUUAAUUUUUCAUAUUUCGUACAUACGUACCUGACUUGACUUUACCAUUCACAUCGUAAUUUCUUUGAGUAAAAUAUUUCCUUUAUAGCAAUACAA